AGGUUUUGAGUGUUGCUUCUUAGCCUCCACAUGCUUCCUCUUCUUUUUCUCUGACAAUCCCUUCGAUUCGCCAUGAGUGUACCACCAUGACGUCCAUGGUGAAGAAACCACGAAAGCAAACACUAGCAAAACCCUAGAAAAAGGUUUCGUAACACGAUGAGAGAGCUAGAGAGCUUCACUGUCACUGGAGUUGGCCGGAAUCCUUGGCCGCCCGUGGGAUCCCCGAUGGAUCUCCAGCGAGAGGAGCCUCCAUGGAGAUCCAACUCCUCCGACGACUCCGUCAGUGCUGUGUCAUUUGGGUUCGUCGCCACCGCCAUUCUCAUCUCCAUGUUCCUCGCCAUGGCUAUUUUCGAGAGAUUGAUUCGACCCACCCCUUCUCGGGCCUCUCCGGGUCGAAUCCCGUCGGGUUUGGAUUCUCGGGUCGGGUUCAAUGGCACCAAGCUCGGUUUCCAAUCUCCCAAGAUGGCUGUGUACUCAAAUGGGGUUUCGGUAUUGAUGCCAGGAGAUGAGAUCCCGACGUUCAUGGCGCAUCCAGCGCCCGUCCAAUGCCAUCGUGAUCCCGUCUCUCUGCCUCAUCAUCACCAUAAUUCAUCCAGAGAUUCUUCGACCAGCUCCAAUUCAAACUCUAUCCAAGAAUGUUGAGAUGCCGAUCCCCUCAGGCCCAAAAAAGCCGAUUUUUUUGCGCUCCUCGGGGCAACCACGAUGAAUCGAGUUGAGUUUGGCGGGUUUGUACUCGUUUUUUUUCUCUUCACGAACUUCUCUGCAUUGCUGGGGAUGAGAGAAGUAAGCUGAGGAGAUUGUGUUUGGGAUAUUUUGUGUACAUAAGAGAGAAUUAGGGUUCUAAAACUGGUAAUGGGUCUUGGCUUAAGCAUAUUGUUCAGGGGUUGUCAGGUCUCAUUUUGAGGUUCUGUGUCCAUUUCUUGUGUUAAGUGGUGAGCAGUUUAUACUUAACCGGAUAUUUCGGGUUUUGGUUCGAAUUUAGUCUCCGGUUAUUUUUGUGUGUUUUGUUUUUUGUUGUAGAGAAAUUAUAUCUUCAGUUCGGUGUUUGUAUUUAUAUUAGGGAUGGACGUUUCGGGAAACGGUUCGGGUUUGAGAUGGAAAUGGAUCAGUUCGGUUU